CAAAUAUGGGGUUGUUGGGGGUGCCCCGCCCUUUUUCGCAUCAAAACAAAUAAUUCGAUGGCAGAAUGGGCGACGUUGGUUUUUGCGACAAAAUCGGUACCAAUCUCUCCGAAUUAGGAAAAUGGUGUGUUUGGCAGAAUAUAAUUUUGGGUCAAUUCCUGUCACUCCUCUUGUGUGCAACAAACACACUGGCUCAUUACAUCAACUCUGGCUCUUCCUCAGUGCUACCAACCGGCCAAUCUUUCCCUCAUUACAUGUUUUUGUGUGCUAUUUACACCAGUUGGCUCGCGUUUCGUAGGGGAGAGAAGGGCCUCAUUUCGAUAAUCAAGGCAAGGGGUUGGCGGUAUCUUUUGCUUUGUUUGAUAGAUGUGCAAGCUAACACCUUAAUGAGCACUGCUCACCAGUUCACUACUCUAACGAGCAUACAGUUGCUCGGUUGUGUCGCCAUCCCUGUAGCGUUGGCCUUGAGCUGUCUGGUGCUUGGUGUGCGUUACCGCAUGGUGCAUAUAAUCGCUGUCUCUGUGUGUCUCAUGGGUGUGGGUUGUCUGGUAUGGGCUAACAUCGAAGACACCAAGAUCGAUGGUAAGAACCAGUUAGUGGGGGACAUGUUGUGCCUAUGUGGGGCUGUUUUGUUUGCGAUUGUGACAGUACUGCAAGAAUUGUCGGUGAAAAAUACCGACAUUGUUGAGUAUUUGGGUCUGUUGGGGUUGUUUGGGAGUAUCCUUAGUGGCAUCCAAAUGGUAAUUUUGGAAAAACAAACGUUGAUAACAUCAACGUGGAAAAGUUCUAGUGCGUUAUUGUCUUCGUUUUCGGCAUGUCAAUUCAUGUUUUGCACUUUUUCAUCGGUGUUUUUGAUAAAUAUGGGAACAACAGCCUUACAUUUAUCCCUACUCUCGGGGAAUUUUUAUACACUAAUUGUAGGAAUUUUGCUUUUCAAUUAUAAGUUUCAUGCCUUAUAUUUUCUAUCGUAUACUUUAUCAAUGACUGGUGUCUACAUCUAUGCUAUCAAACAAACACCAGUAGCAUCAAGAAGUAUAUCUUCAAAUCAUACAACACAACUCAAUAAUGCAAAUAAUCGCUCUGAAUGUCAGUUGAGAGAACACAUGAUUUCAGACAGCCCCGAACGUGCCACUGAAAUUCUUUCAGCUUUUGGGACAUUAAACAGCAACGAUACUUUUCCCCUAAGUCACAGUACAAACACGACUUUUACUUCUUUUUAUGGCAGCCAUGACGUUCUCAAUACUCAAACGACUAGUGCAUAAAUAAGGCCUUAACUGCACUUUUAUUACUUUUUGCAAGGCACUAAGGUAAUAAAUCGAUUUUUUGCACCGGGUGACGUUUUGUGUUUCACAAAGUUAACGUUGGUAUUUUUUUAUAACUAGCAACCUGACAAAAAAAAUUCAGGGUCGCCCGCAUAUAAUAAUUGUGAUUUUUAUCCUCGAGUUUUGUCAGCUCAAAAAAAUCAAAUUCACCAGAUUUGAGUCGAAAAACAAGAUUGGGACUAAAUUUUUGCCUCAAAAUCUUGCAAAAAAGGUGAAAAUUUGUUUAAACUCUUAAAAAAAGAAUUUCGGCUUGUUUUUACUAAAAUAAUUGCUUUUCUAGUUGAAAAAUAUGCUAAAAGGCUCGAGUAAAGUAAAAAUUAAAUAUUUUCCUAUUUAUUUUGUUGAAUUUUUGGUUUGUUUUAACAGAAUCUCGCCAUAAAAUGAGAUGUUUUUUAGUACAAAAACUUGGUUAAAAGCAUCGACCAAUUUUUAUGGUUUUUCGACUUAUUUUUGACAUAAAUUUUGUACAAAAUUUAGUUAAAUUGAGGAAAAUAACACCACAAUCAAUUCUUUUUGUGAAUUUUGGGCGUGUUUGCACAAGAUUUUGAAAAAUAAAAAAAAGCAAGUCGAGCAAAGAACUGAAAAAAAUAAUAUAAAAUCGAUUUUAUUUCGAAUUU